AGAUGUGAAGAAGCAGAGCCAUCUGGCUCUGAAAAGUCUGCACUCCUGAAAGACUUGCCUAGCAAAACCAAGGAUGAAAAUCAGAUACUUGCAUGGAUAGGAAAAAAUUUAUCUGCCCAGAGGACAUAUUUAAGACUUUGUCACGUCCUCCUGGUCAAUCGCCUGCAGAUCCUCCACUGAAAGCUCUCCUCCAGCGGUGUUGUUCUCUGCCUCUGCCAAACACACUCUCUGCACUGGAGCCCAUCGCCCUCACACACGUGCUCACUCCUCCAGCAAAGUCGAUAGCCAAGUCAAGCAUUCUCCGUAUGAGGAACAGCAGCACAGGAUCUAAUAGACGGAAGCUGUUUAGACCAGGAUCAGGACCACUGCAUGUGAACAUGUUGAUCAGCGGAGGCUCAGUGGUCAAUGCGGAGGCAGUAUGGGAUCACGUGACGAUGGCCGAGAGGGAGUUGGCGUUCAAGGCGGGAGAUGUCAUCAAAGUCCUGGACGCCUCCAAUAAGGACUGGUGGUGGGGCCAAAUCGAUGAUGAGGAGGGCUGGUUCCCUGCCAGCUUUGUGAGGGUUGAUCCCCACCCUCCUCAACCUUACACAAAACCAGUUUUCUAUAUCAACCCUAUAGCAACUCCAAGGUUCCAUAACACAACAGCAAAGUUAUGGGUUAACCAGGAAAACAUCGCCACCGAAUCCGCUGAGGGUGCCAGCGAGGUGCAGAACGGACACACUGACCCAAGCAACGGCUGCCUGUGCAUUGGCCAACCGCUGCAGAAUCGAGAUCAGAUGAGGGCUAAUGUUAUCAAUGAGAUCAUGAGUACUGAGCGUCACUACAUCAAACACCUGAAGGACAUAUGUGAGGGCUACUUAAGGCAGUGCCGAAAGAGGAUCGACAUGUUCAAUGAUGACCAGCUAAAAGUGAUUUUUGGAAACAUUGAGGAUAUCUACAGAUUUCAAAUGGGAUUCGUGCGGGACUUGGAGAAACAGUACAAUAUUGAGGAACCCCAUCUCAGCGAAAUUGGACCAUGUUUUCUGGAACAUCAAGAUGGUUUCUGGAUCUAUUCCGAGUAUUGCAACAACCAUCUAGAUGCCUGCAUGGAGCUCUCCAAGCUGAUGAAGGAUGGACGCUAUCAGCACUUUUUUGAAGCCUGUCGUCUCCUCCAGCAGAUGAUUGACAUUGCCAUUGAUGGCUUCCUCCUCACGCCUGUGCAGAAGAUAUGCAAAUAUCCUCUACAGCUUGCAGAGUUACUCAAGUACACGGCACAGGAGCAUAGUGAUUACCGCUAUGUGGCCGCAGCACUCGCUGUCAUGAGGAACGUCACCCAACAAAUCAAUGAGCGCAAAAGAAGACUGGAGAACAUUGACAAGAUCGCACAAUGGCAAGCCUCAGUGCUGGACUGGGAGGGUGAUGACAUUCUGGACAGAAGUUCAGAGCUGAUCUACACGGGGGAGAUGUCGUGGAUCUAUCAGCCUUAUGGCAGGAGUCAGCAGCGAGUCUUCUUCCUUUUUGAUCAUCAGCUGGUCUUGUGCAAAAAGGACCUAAUACGACGGGAUAUACUUUACUACAAAGGACGCAUUGACAUGGAUAGAUACGCAGUGCGAGAUGCUAUUGAUGGACGGGAUGACGACUUCAACGUCAGCGUUAAAAAUGCUUUCAAGCUACACAACAGAGACAGCGACGAGAUUCACAUCUUUUUGGCCAAGAAGCCAGAAGAGAAGAUCCGCUGGCUGAGGGCUUUUCAUGAGGAGCGCAAGAUGGUCCAAGAGGAUGAAAAAAUUGGUUUUGAAAUUUCUGAAUAUCAAAAAAAACAAGCUGCCAUGACAGUGCGUAAAGUUACCAAACAGAAAGGUGUGAGCCAGAGCAGGUGCGUGUCUCCCUCGGACCCCUCGUCUCACGGACCCUUCGUGCUCUCGGAUGACAUGCAACAAUCAGAUCUAGUCGAAUUCCACGUUUCCAAAUCAGGACAAUCUCCAUUCUGGCAAAACUUUAAUAAGUUCACAUCAAAAAAUGGGAAGAAAUAGAAGUUCUAGUAUUUAUUGACUAUAAAAACUCCACAAACCUCCAUCCGGAGAAAACUGACUGACAAUCAUAACCCUGAUGUGCUCAAAUCUGUAUCAUUCACCACUAUUAUAUUUGCCUUGUGGUAUUUAAAAGGCAGACUUCAGCUGACCAGCAUACAGUGCUCAUUUAUUACCAGAUGAUCAAAGACAUUUGUUCCACAGCCAAAUAGUCUAAACAGGGUAUUCCUUUCACUUACCUGGGUGAUUUUGAAUUUAAUUCCUAGUAUGAGAUUAUUCCAGAUUUGUGAAAGUGUCACAAUCUUGUAUCGCGCUCUCCUUAAUGAAUCACAGAUGUUGUAUGAUACUGACUGAACUCAUUUCAUAUGAUAACUAGAUGUUUUUGUAUGUCUAAAAGAGAAAAAAGGUAAAGUAGAUUUUUGAAUUUGCCUCCCAAUGGGGUUAUUUUUGAUUGUAUAAUAUACUUACUCUGUAGUAAGCACACUGAAACCAUUCAUACACAUUGUAUUAUUUUUCUGAUCAUAUUUCGUUUGUUUAUCUGCUAUUGUUGAUUCGUAAAAGCUACUCUGAUACUAUUUAUUAUUGUAGUUCAUGGCAAAUAUUGAGCAAGUGUUUUCUUUUUCAUUCAGUAAUGUGCAGAAGUCUUAGGCCAAGAAAAUUCACUUUUUUAAUUUUUUUGACUGUCACAUAUGUAUAUUUUUUAUUUUAGGUAAUUUAUUAUCUGUGCUAUUUUCCUUUUGUCUAACGCCAGAUGUCAUAACCAUAGCCAUAUGGCCCAAGACUAAAUAGUGUGCUCAUGAGAAGAAACUCAUAUAGCCCAUUUGCUAUAUUUUCAGUAAAUGAAUGUAAAUUAUAAAGCAGCAAAUUUAUAAUAACUGAGUAGUUGGACAGACCCCAUAGCUGUCAUUUGA